UGUGCUCCAAGCAAGAACCAACGUAUGCAAGGGCUUGGCUAGAGAGAAAGGAUGAAGUAUAACCAAUGAGAGAAGAAAUGACCCUCGUAAUGCAGCUGAGAUCUUCCCAUCUGGGGCUGGGACAUCUCAGUACAGUUAUGCAACUGUAUUCAUAGUUUCACACUUUUAACAUACAUAGAUUAUGAUCUCACAAUUUUCUCCAUCAAGACUCAUUUCCUGAAACCACUCCCCCAUGGCCCUCUCUUCUUAUCACCACAAGGUUUUUUCAUAUGCCAUAAAACUUUGCAGCCUAUUUUAUGAAAUCCUCCAGAAGCAGAUUUCAAGUACCUUCUAGGGCAACCCAAUGAACGCCAAACCCUUUUAGUGCAUUCAUAGAUAACAUUGAAAAGCAGCAUUAGUAAUUAACCAUGGACUCUGGAACCUUUAGCUGUGGGAGUGGCUGCUCCCUAUCGGACCCAGGCCUCUUCCAGGGCAAGAGUUGUUAAAAUAUUAAAGCAGCUACAGUAUCCACACUCAACCAGCCUUGAAGCACUGAAUAGAAGCAGCCAGAGCUUUGCUCAGUGAAACCAAAAGAUUCCCAAUAUGGCAGGGAAACCAGUUCUUCACUACUUCGAUGGACGGGGCAGGAUGGAGUCCAUCCGGUGGCUCUUGGCUGCAGCUGGAGUUGAGUUUGAAGAAAAAUUUAUAAAGUGUCCAGAAGAUUUGGAAAAGUUAAAAAAUGAUGGGCUUUUGAUGUUCCAGCAAGUACCCAUGGUGGAGAUGGAUGGGAUGAAGCUUGUGCAGUCCAGAGCCAUUCUCAACUACAUUGCCACCAAAUACAACCUCUAUGGGAAAGAUAUGAAAGAGAGACUCCUGAUUGAUAUGUAUACAGAAGGCAUCAUAGAUUUAUAUGAAAUGGUCUCACAUCUGCCACUGACUCCUCCAGAUCAAAAAGAUACCAAGAUGGCUUUGAUCAGAGACAAAACAAAGAAUCAUUACUUCCCUGUCUUUGAAAAAGUGUUAAAGAGUCACGGGCAAGACUACCUUGUUGGCAACAAGCUGAGCAGGGCUGACAUUCACCUGGUUGAACUUGUCUACUCUGUUGAAGAGGUUGAUGCGAGUCUUUUGGCUGACUUCCCUCUGCUGCAGGCUCUAAAAACCAGAAUCAGUAACCUGCCUAAUGUGAAGAAAUUUCUGCAGCCUGGUGGCCAGAGGAAGCCUCCUGUUACUGCAAAAAUGAUAGAAGAAGCCAGAAAGAUUUUCAAGGUUUAGUUAAGUUGGCCUUGACCAAGCCCAUGGGAAACAAACAUCUAAAAUUUUCAAUAAUGAAAUUAUUUGAGUAAAGGUUGACCAUUAUGGGAUAUUAUGGGAUAAUAUGCCAUUUCUGAAUACAUAUGAUAAUUGCAUAAUAACAUUCCUCUGAGAAGUCUU